AUGCUAAAUUAUAAAAUCUUUAAAAAAUUUCUUAUCCCUAUUUCUAUAAGCAGCUUUAUAUUAUCAUUAUGUUUUUUUAUUUUGGGUAUUUAUUUUGUUUUUUAUAAAGCUCCAGAUGAUUAUCUGCAGCUUAACUUAGUAAAAAUUUUAUACCUACAUGUUCCAUCAGCAUGGUUAUCAAUUUGCUUUUACUUAUUAUUAAGCAUUGCUUCUAUAUUAUUUUUAGCUUUAAAAAAUCCUUUAUACGAUAUACUUGCUAAAUCUUUUGCUUAUGUAAGCUUAUAUUUUACCAUUUCUACUUUAAUAACAGGUUCUAUAUGGGGUAAGCCUGCUUGGGGAACGUGGUGGAUUUGGGAUGCCAGACUCACUUCAAUGCUAAUUUUACUUUGUUUUGAAAUUAUAUAUUUUUUAAUUAGGAAUUCUUUUAAUAAUGAGCUUCGAGGAGCAAAAAUUUCUUCAGUAUUUGCCAUUUUUGGAUUGUUGGAUUUACCUAUAAUAAAAUUCUCCGUUAAUUUAUGGGCCACGUUACAUCAAAAAAGCAGCGUCUUUACUUUUUCUGGUCCAAAGAUUCAUGAAUCUAUGUUAUAUCCACUUUUUAUAAUGUUUUUUGCCCUUUUUUUUCUUGCAAUAUUUCUC